CAUCCGUAUCAGUAGCUACUAGUUGGAUCAUUUCGGAAUUUAUUAACUUGUAUAACAUUUUUAUACCCAUGUGGAAUAAGAGUGGAAAUAUUAAUAUAAAUACAAACUAACCAACGUACGUACUUGUUGCACACACAUCUAAAUUUGUUUGUACAUAAAUAUUUAUGUGUAAUACCACAUUAUACAGAAUAUUUUGUUAAUCAAUAACACAGCAAUAUCAGUAAAAUGAACUUUUAUAAAUUUGAUUAUAACCGCACCGAAUGGGAGAUACCUGAUAUUUAUCAAAAAGCUCAACCAGUUGGGUCCGGUGCAUAUGGGCAGGUGAUUAAAGCUCUUGUUGAUGGUACAGAUAUGAAUGUAGCUAUUAAAAGACUGACGCGUCCUUUUCAAUCGGCUGUGCACGCUAAGCGCACUUAUCGCGAGAUACGUUUAUUGAAGCAUAUGGAUCACGACAAUGUCAUUGGGUUGCUCGACGUAUUCCAUCCCCAUGAUAAAGAUGUAACACUCAAAUCAUUUGAACAAGUCUACUUAGUAACACAAUUUUUGGAUGCCGAUUUAAAUAAUAUUAUCAGAACUCAACGACUUUCAGAUGAUCAUGUGCAAUUUUUGGUAUAUCAAAUACUUCGAGGUCUUAAAUAUAUUCACAGUGCAGGCAUAAUCCAUCGCGAUCUGAAGCCGUCCAAUAUUGCCGUUAAUGAGGAUUGUGAAUUACGUAUUUUAGAUUUUGGACUAGCUCGUCCAACAGAAAGUGAAAUGACCGGUUAUGUAGCCACAAGAUGGUAUCGUGCUCCAGAAAUUAUGCUAAAUUGGAUGCAUUAUAACCAAACCGUCGACAUUUGGUCCGUUGGUUGUAUAAUGGCGGAAUUACUUACAGGACGCACUCUUUUUCCAGGCACUGAUCAUAUAAAUCAGUUGAAUCUUAUCAUGGAAAUAUUGGGUACACCACCUGAUGACUUCAUGAAGAAAAUAUCAUCAGAAAGUGCGCGUAAUUACAUAAAAUCGCUACCACCGAUGAAACGACGCAACUUUAAAGAAGUAUUUAAAGGUGCUAAUCCACUUGCUAUUGAUUUGUUGGAGAAAAUGUUGGAACUCGAUUCAGAAAAACGUAUUACAGCAGAGCAAGCACUAGCGCAUCCUUAUAUGGGAAAUUAUUCGGAACCAAGUGACGAACAAACUUCGCCUCUAUACGACCAAAGCUUUGAAGACAUGGAUUUGCCAGUAGAAAAAUGGAAAGAGUUAGUCUUCAAUGAGGUGAAAAAUUUUAAAAGGCCUGCAUCGUUCACAAAAAUGUUAGAUGAAAUCAAGAAAACAUAGAAGCGAGGAUGUACAUUUUUUUGUAUGUAUGCUCAAAUGGUAUUAAAUGCUAAAUAUAAUGAUGAAAAAAGUUAAAA